AUGCAUUUAAGAAAUGGGGGAAUCAUACCCGAUAUUGCACAAGAUUUACAUAGAAUGCAUAUUGAACCAACUGUUAAUAAGACAUUGGAAGAGGCAAAACUAUCAAUGGAAGAUAUUUCAGCUAUUGCAGUAACUUUAAAACCAGGACUACCUCUCAGUCUAGUGAUAGGCAUGAAGUAUGCUAAACACUUGGGAAGAAGAUUUAACAAACCUAUUAUUCCCAUACACCACAUGCAGGCACAUGCACUUGUGGCAAGAAUGCAUCAUGAUAUAUCAUUUCCAUUUUUGGUGCUUCUAAUAUCAGGAGGACACUGCCUUCUUGCUGUUGUGCAAGAUGUUGAUCACUUCCAAUUACUUGGAGAAAGCAUGGACUGUGCCCCUGGAGAAGUUUUUGAUAAGGUAGCUAGAAGUAUGAAAUUGAGAAAUGUACCUGAAUAUUCUCAAAUAUGUGGAGGCCAAGCUGUGGAGGCUGCUGCAUCAAAAGCUACAAAUCCUAACAUGUUCAAAAUGAACUUACCUUUAGCAGAAUACAGAGAUUGUAAUUUUAGUUUUAAUGGUCUUAAAACAUCAGUUCUAUAUCAUUUGUACAAAAAAGAACAGGAACACAAUAUUGUAGCUCAUGAACUGAUACCUGAGCAAAUCGUAAAUUGGUCGGGAUCAGUACCAAUAACUGUUGAUCUUCUGAACAAGUCAGUGUCGAAUGUGAAAUUGCCACCCUUUACUAAGGACAAUGUACUGUACUAUUAUUUACCAUUACAAGGUCUAGUUAGUUACACAACUUUGUCAGUAAGUGUAAUGAACCCUCACCUAAUGGUCAGAUUGUUUCCACAGAGAGAUGUAACAGAUGUGUUAUUUUUAACUGCCGGUGGUGGUGCUGGACUCUGGCUCUGGGCAAGACCACAUAUGGCGGCAGCAGCACCAGCUAGGCGUUUUUCUUGGGCAUUUUUAGGCGGCUGUUUGUGGCCUCUAGGGUCUAUAUUCUUAUGGGCUAUAUUAAGAAGUUCAGUAGGUCAGAGACCAGUCAUAGGCACAGUGUUAGGUGUUACCACAGGAGCGAUGCUUACUAAUAUUGCUUUGGAUUAUUUCCAUUAUGUAGAACUAAUGUUUUGUGGUGAAGUGCAGCUACCCGAUGAGACAUACACUCCUAACAGUGAUGAUGAAAAAUAUGAUAUUGAUAUUUAA